GAUUGGCUCUCAGGGCGACGAACAUCCUCUGGGGGCAUGCAUGUGUGAAGCUACAGUCCUAGGAAAUAAACAAUAGGCUUACUGGCACAAGGGAAGAUCUGCCUAGGUGAUAAUGAAAAUAAUGCACUUAACAAGCAAAAACAAGCGACAUAUGAGCGUUCCAGUCAAUCAGAAGACAAAGAGGAGAUGAAGAUUCAAAUUCCCUCAUAUCCCUUACCCGUGGAAAUACAGCAGAUGGAGCGCGGUGAGACUGAGUGCCAGUACUGCGGCGUGAGCUACCUGAUCCUGCACGAGUUCCAGAGGAUGCAGCAGAGGCUGGCCGAGGCCGAGCGGCGCCUGGAGGAGCUGAGGGGCUCGGCGGAAAGGGAGAGCAGCUUGAGGGCCCAGCUGCUGGAGGCCACAGCCAGACACAGCCUGCUGCAGGAGAGGGAGAGAGACCUGGGCCUGCAGCUGGCUGAGGGGACGCGUGGUCAUGAGCUAGUGAGAGGUGAGCGGGAGCUCUGCGAAAGACAGCUGGAGGACGAGCAGGCCCAAAGACGUGCACUCAGUGUGAGGUGUGAGCGUCAGCAGCAGGCCCUACAGAGAUCAGGCUGCGUGCUGCGCUCGUCUCAUCAGGAGCUGCAGACCAUGCGGACCCACCUCAGCCACCUCAAAGCAUUCUGGGAAGACUGGAGCGGCAAGCUCAUGCAAAACAAUAUGGCUGCAAUGACAGACCUAUUGAAACUCCAUCAGAAGGUUGGCACUAAGGAGGCGGAGCUUGAGAGGCUGCAGGGGGAGGUCCUUGAGCUGGGGGUGUGCCUGUCGUCGUCGCGGCAGCAAGUGCGGAGCCUCCAAGAGCAGAGUGACAGCCAGCAGGCAGAGCUCCGCCUCGCCCAGGGGGCCGACACACACGUGCAGCGGAUGAAGGAGGAAGUGAGAAGUCUGAAUAUGAAUCUUAAGAAGAGCCAGUCUGACUGUAAGCAUGUAGAGGAUCAAUUACAGAUGAGGUGCCGGGAGGUUGAGGAGCUGCGCAGCGGCCAGAUCCAAUGCGAGCGUGAGCAGAGGGCAACACUGCAGAGGCUGUCCCAAGACCUGAGGGAGAAGGAGGAGAACUGGUUGUCAUGCCAACAGAGAUGUGACGCGCUGCAGGAGCAGCUGUUGUCGUGGCAACAGAGUCAGGAGGAACUGACCCGCAGGCUAUGGCGGUCGGAGGGCGAGAGCGCGACCCUGGGAGAAGCCCUGCAGCAAGCCACUGACCGCGCAGCUACCAUGGAAACGCACAGACAGGAGAUGAGCGUGACCCAUAGUCAUGAGGUGCAGAGGCUAGAAGAGAGCUUCAAGAAGAGGCAGCAGGAGGCGGAGCAGGAGAGGAUACAGGUCCAGGCUGAUCUGGAUCAGCAGAGAGCCCUGCUGGGGCUGCAGCUAAAGGAGAGGGAGAUUGAGCUGAGGAGAGAGGCAGCGCUGGAGCUGGACAUAGAGAGACAGAAGAACCAAGAGCUCCUCAACAAGUACCAUCAAGAGCACCAGCACCUUCAGAUGAAGCUGCCCUCACUGGUGCAGUUGGCCACUCAGGAAUUGCAGAGGGAGGUGGUGGCUCUGCAGGAGCGUGUGGAGGAGGCGCGCAUGUGGCUGGCAGAGCAGGAGCAGCGAAGGGAAGAGGAGGCGAAAUGUCUUCGGGAGGAGGCCCGCGCCCUGGAGAAGCAGCUGGCACAGGAGAGGAGUGCCGGACAGGUGGAGCUCCAGCACAUGCAGCAGAAGCACCAGCAGAGGGCGCUGCAGCUGGCCGAGACCCUUAGGGAGCUGGAGCAGCUCAAGAGCCACAGCGCCGCCCUGCAGGAGGAGAUGGAGCUGUUACAGGAGACGGUGCGGCGUGAGUGUGAGGAGAGAGAGGGGCUGACAGCGGCUCUCUCCGAGGCCAAAGAGCAGCUCCUGCAGCUGUCCCCCCAUGUCCCCCAGAGGCCCUCCCCACGCGCGGCGGCAGCGGCGGCGGCGGCGGCAGCAGCAGCAGCAGCAGCCGCCUCCCCCAGGGGCCCGCAAGCAGGCAGCAGGGAGAGACGGAGCAGGGCCUCCUGGCAUGGGCAGUCGCAGUCGCAGUCAACGCCCACCCUCCCCAGGCUGGCCAGGGAGAGACCCUCCAGCUCAGCUAGCGAAGCCCACCGACGCAUCACUCUGCUCCUGAGCAGGAACGACCGAGUCUGACACACACACACACACACACA